AUGAUAGUGAAGGAUACCCAGCCUUUCACUAUUGUGGAUGACGUUGGAUUCAGGACAUUUGUGUCUAAGCUGGAUCCCAAUUAUGUUCUCCCUACAAGGCAGGAGAUCGUUCUUACGUUGUUCCAGACCUGCAGGAACAAUGCAGCCAAAACCGAACCGGACAGGCAGAGCCGGAGAUUUAUUUUUUUAUCCCGGAUUCAAACCCACAAUCAAGCUGAUCCUGAACCUCAUUUUCCACAACUGCAGUCAUUCAAGAGGAAAUGUGCAGAGAAGAGACACAAAGUACAGAAAACAGCCAACGCAACGUUCAGUGUUAGCAACAGCUGUUGCUCAACUCCAAUCAGCCCUGACUUUCUGGUGAGUCAGAGGUUCAACAAACAGAACCAGCAGGAUUCAAAAGAUCCGGCUGCCGCGCUGCAGGAACAUUCAGGAUCUUCAGAGAAGAAGAACAACAGAAGGAUGAAGAAGCUCAGUUUGCUGCUCUGUCUGGUUUCUGUGGCCAUAACACAGGCUACGUUGUUGGACCCAAGAGGAGCCCGUCCGGUGGAACCGGCCACCAGAGACCAGAAAUGUGCCACCCAGAGAGAGUGGCCUUUCUGCACGGACGACGACUGGUACUCAAAAUGCCCGUCAGGCUGCAGGAUUCAGGGCCUGAUGGAUAAAAACGACCAUGAGCUGCUGAAGAAGAUCGCGAAGAUCCGCAGCCUGCUGGAUCAGCACAAGGCCCGACAUCGCUCCGUGGACCUGGUGUCCAAGCAGACCUACGACAUCCUGACGGAGAAACUCACCCUGGACACCGGAAAUGACAACAUGUACUACAACCUGGCCCAGACGCUGCGUCAGCGGAUCACUGAAAUGAAGGUCCGGAUCGACAGGCAGCACAAAGCGCUGGCCGCGCUGAAGGCUCGGGUCAAAGACCAGGUGGUGGAAAUGCAGAAACUGGAGAUCGAUAUUGACAUUAAGCUGCGCUCCUGCAAGGGAUCCUGCGGCGCUCACACCGUGUACCAGGUGGACCGGGACAGCUACGUGGCUCUGGACAAACAGGUGAACCAGCUGGACGCCCAGGUGGCCCAGAGCGUGGAGACGGUGGGGACGCUGUACGUCAUGAAGAGCCGCCCGCUGCAGGACGUGAUUGUCGACUCCAGGUUCAAAUCCAAGGAUGUGGCGGCUCAGCGGACGGCGGACUUGUUCCCCCAGGUGAAUACUGUUCAGUUCAUCCUGGAGGAGGAAGGCUCCAGCUCAUCUCCGGCCACCGUCUCCAAGGUCCCAGGUACUUCCCACUCAACGUCUCCCUCCUCAUCCUCGUCCUCAUCCUCGUCCUCAUCCUCAUCCUCCUCUUCCGGAUCACCGUCUAAAUCCAUCACGGAGCUCUCAGGACGCGGCGACGGCGAUUUUCUCAGCGACUUCGACGGCACAGGACUCCAGGGCCAGCCCAGCGUCAGCAUGAGCACCAAAACCGUCAGCUGCACCAAAACCAUCAGGAGGACGAUCGUCCACACCAAAGACGGGCCGGUGGAGCGGGUGGAGGAAGUGGGCGGCGGACCCGGAUGUGACGGGAUGGGUGGCUUGACAAAGGGUGGCCUGGGCUCCUUGUUCCCAACGCUCACCGGCUCAUCCUCCUCAUCCUCCUUUUCAUCCUCUUCAUCCUCUUCAUCCUUCCACUCCGGUGGAUCCAAGGGAAGCAUAUUGGCAGAUUCUAAAUCCGGGUUGAACCCGUUCGGAGAUGACUUCGGCGCGUUCAUGACCGACAACGCAGAGGACGACAUUCCUGAUUUCCAUGCUCGCAGUGUGAAGACCGCGGUUGUGGAACGGCAGGCGGACUUUGUAGGAACAGAUUGCGUCGACGCCCACCAGAAGCACCUGAAAGGUGAAGCGAACGGUCUUUUUAGGAUCAAACCCGCCGGCUCCGCGGCGGCCGUGGAAGUCUACUGCCACCAGGAGGGCAUAAUGGGCGGGUGGUUGUUAGUCCAGCAGAGAGAAAGCAGCUCCGUCAGCUUCAACCGCACCUGGGCCGAGUACCGCGACGGCUUCGGCUCGGUGGACGCUCUGGGGAAGGGGGAGUUCUGGCUGGGCAACCAGAACCUCCACCUGCUGACCAACCAGGGGGAGACCAUGCUGAAGGUGGAGCUGGAGGAUUGGGAGGGGGGCGUAGCCACAGCUGAGUACACGGUUAGGGUGGGCACCGAUGUCGAGGGCUUCCCCCUGCAGGCGUCCGGGUACACGGGAGACGCCGGGGACGCUCUGGCGUCCCACAGCGGCGUCAAGUUCAGCACCUUCGACAAAGACAACGACGGGUCGGGGGAGAACUGUGCGGAGGUGUACGGCGGCGGGUGGUGGUACAACAGCUGCCAGGCGGCGAACUUAAACGGGAUUUAUUACAAAGGAACAUACGACCCAGAAACAAACACACCUUACAAAACUGCGAACGGCGUAGUGUGGCCCACUUUUAAACCGGCCACUUACAGCCUGAAGGCGGCGCGGAUGUUCCUCCGACCAGCCUCCUUUUGAUCCAAACCAGGGCUGGAAAACUCAUGUUGGGCCAAAACAGGAUCAGGAAUGUUCUCAAAGAGACCAGAAUAUAUCGUUAAAACAUCUUACAAUAUUCUAAUUUAGAUACAUUUGCAAGAGUUUUUGCACUUAUGACUCCCAGUAUCGAUCAUGAACUAUAGCUCACCAUGGCUGAGGCAGCAGAGUAGUAGAAGUAAGAAAUGCUGCCACCUGCAGGUGGGGGUUAGCAUCACUUAAACCCAUUUUUGCAGAAAAUUUGCAAUAAACUCACAAUUAUGCAUUAGUACAAAACAUACAGGGAUUUGUUGAUUUUGCUUAAAUUCUGGAGGAACUGAUUGAUUUAAUUCUGGAAACUAGAGGACCACAUAAAACACUAACGUGGGCCGGAUUUGGCCCCCGGGCCUCGAGUUUGACACAUGAUCCAAUCACUAAACCUCAUAAACAUCUAGAAGUUUGUCCAUUUACUGCAUGAAGACAGAAAUGAGGAUGUGACUGAUGGUUCACCUGUUAGUGAAUCAUUCAACACAAUGUUAACAAUGUACUGAACUGCAUCGAUCUGUUAGCUUGAACUGUCCAAUGUUCCCAAAGUGACCCAAUGUUCUCUGUUGUUCAACUCUGAGGAUCAGAGAAUUAAAUCUGAUCAAUAAAUAAAGACUCUGUUUUCACUUCA